AUGUCGGACGACGACAUGUCGAUGAUUCCCUACAACGGGGGAUCCAACAUGGAUGUGGUGUUGCGGCACAACGACUCCGUUGUGGUGUUUGAUCGGGAUUCGCAACAGCUGGUCCUGAGAAACACGGCUGACCACAAUGAUGGCGGCAACUUGGAGCUGGCAGACUGUCCCCUCUGCCAUCGCCCCAUGCGCGAGGGCAGCAGAGGGCGGGACUCUCACCGCGCAAGCACUAAUCCUCAAGCGGAGUUUAUUAAUCCCAAUUACUUCCGCAUGCUGAACAACAGUCUCCCAAGCUCUGCAAGCUCCUCGAAUCCCCCCUCCCCGCGUCGUCGACUCGUUCAGCCAGCACUAUCAGAUGGUCCGACUCCGACACCCGACGGUGUCCAUUCUCACGGCCCACCGCCGACAUCGCAAGGGAUAUCCUCUGCCGCAUUCAGCCCAGACUACUUUCAGAGGUUUUUUGUGGAGGAAAAGGUUCUAGGACGCGGUGGAAAGGGCGUGGUGCUACUAGUCAAGCAUAUGUUGGACGGGGUCUCACUGGGACAAUAUGCCUGCAAGCGCGUGCCCGUCGGCGAUGACCAUGAGUGGCUCGAAAAGGUCCUCGGCGAGGUCCAGUUGCUGCAGCAUCUGUCACAUCAGAACCUUGUAUCCUAUCGGCACGUCUGGCUGGAAAACGCCAAGCUCAGUACCUUCGGUCCCAGAGUGCCGUGUGCAUUUAUCCUCCAGCAGUACUGCAAUGCUGGAGACCUACACAACUACCUUUGUGGCUCCGUACAAACUUCAACCACGACCCAGCAGCUCAAGGAGCGACUGCGGCGAAGAUCCAAGGGUGAGCCCGAGCCUCCAACCGCCCUGGUGGGACCUCGGACUCUCCAGCUGGAUGAGAUCUAUUCUUUCUUCCGCGAUAUCACUUCGGGUCUUCGUUACCUUCACGCAAACGGGUACAUUCAUCGGGACUUAAAGCCCAACAAUUGCUUGCUUCACGAGACCAGUGACGGAAUCCGAGUGCUGGUGAGCGACUUCGGUGAAGUUCAAGGUCAUAAUGCGAUACGAAAAUCGACUGGUGCAACCGGCACAAUCUCGUACUGCGCGCCGGAGGUCCUUCGACGGGAGCACCCGGAUGGACCAUUCGGGAACUUUAGUUUCAAAUCCGACAUCUUCUCGCUGGGGAUGAUCCUCUACUUUUUGUGUUUUGCCGACCUUCCAUACGCCAGUGCCGACCUUAUCAACGAGGAAAAGGAAGACCUAGACCAACUCCGAGAAGAGAUCAGCCGCUGGAAAGGAUUUGAUAAAGCACGGAGAAUGCGACCCGAUCUUCCGGAGAGACUGUACACUUUCCUUGAACGAUUGCUCUCUGUGGAUCCCAACCGAAGACCAUCCGCAGACGAAGUGUUGAGUGGUAUCCAAGUGGGAGCCAAUACGAGCGAGCGUUUUCGCUACAAAAGAGCCAGCUCGGCGGGCCCGGAGGUGUCUCCGGCCUCUCGGAUCCAUCCUGUCAAUAGCCCACAUCCGUCUAUGGGCCAGCGUGCUGUAUCGCCCACCAAGAAAAUGCCUCGCAGCCCAGUGAAUUUCCGGCACGACUCGCUGUUUGACUCUAACAGUCACUCCAGAGCCAGCACAGCCCCGGCACCAGACACAAAACCGGAAGAUGGACAUUCGCCCAGCCCUGAUCGAGACCUAAUGGUCCGGCCCAGAUAUUCAACAUCUCCUCCCAUUUCCCCGACUCGAAGAUCCGUUCUCGAAGAACCCCCUAUCGACGCCCAUCCCCCUCCUCAGCAGCAACUUCUGCCGCCCCCACCCAGCCGAUUCCAUUUUUUGCAGUCAGUGUUUUCUUUCUCCAAUCAAUCGCCUUCAUCCUCAACUCUGCACCUCUCGCUCUUCAUCGUCAAGGUAGUCUCGGUUCUCCACCCGUGCUCCCCUUUGGCUGUCAGCCCGUGGAUCCUCUACCCUCUUAUUGUUCUCGCAGCGGUGACUUCGCGUAUCCGCAACGUUCGGAUGCAAAUCCUUGCCCUGGUCGUACAUCUUGCAGUUGUCAUUCUCGGUCUACGCCUGGGAGCAUUGUGCGUGUGGCAUAAAGGGACGUCGGUGUUGCGAGUGUGA